CCACGCGCGCAUACGCGACGGGACGACCCACCGGCAGAGGCGGUCCGCCUGCUCGCAAUUUUUUCCCUUUCUUCAAUGUGUCAAUGUCGAGCGAUUCGCCACGGCCGCUAGAAGUAGUCAGAGAGUCGGAAGCAACAUGUGCUGUACACGCAAUUCCGAGUUGAGUGCGGUUAGGGUUUUUGAUGCUCGUGUCGCCGACGAAUCCGUUACCGCGCUCUGCCGCUAAACAUCGCGGAUGGUGUUAUUAUUAUUAUUAGUGUCCUGACCGUUUAAUCUGCGAGUCUAUCAUCGCCGCUUCCGGUUAGCGCACGUCGCACGGUGUUGUCGUUUUGUGAUUUCCGUUCGUUUUUGUGCGUUUCGCCAUUAUCGAAGGAUAAGAAAGACAUAAUAUUUCGUACGAUUUGAGUAAUCCAAAAACUGGUGCACCGGUACAAGAACGGCAUCGUCAUGAUGUUUCCGGACGGCUGUUGCGACGAGUCCUCGACCGCACCGCCGUCCACGUACGCGGGCGGCACGAUGAUGCCCCUCGCCGUAACUGGUUUCGUGCCGGCCGCAGUAGACCGGCAUCGUCACCCGUACGCGCCACAUCUUCAGCAGCACCAACAACGCAGAAGCCCGCAGUUGUCGUACCACCAACUCCGCGACCGCAGGAACCUGUGCGCCGCUAUGUCGUCGUCUCCGGUCACGUCGCUGGACAACGGCUACCGGUCCAUGUCGUCGUCGUCGCUGUCGUCGCCCAUGUCGUCCUCGUCGUCGCUGUCGCCUGUGUCGUAUCGGCCCGUCUACUCGCCCUGCAAUCAACCGUCGUACGACUGUCACGGCGUGCCCGCUCAUCCGUCGGUGGCCGACUUUCCGCCGCAGCCGCACAAUCGGUAUUACACGACUAACGACAGCAAUCAUUCCGCGUUGGUCGGCCUCAACGACGCGCAAGUUCCGGUGUCCGCGCGGCUGCCGGUCCACGCCUUGCAGGACAACAACAACUAUUACGCCAACAACAACAACAACAAUAACUACAACAUCAGAUACAACAAUAACAACAACCCUUUUACUGAUCGCUACGAAUACUGUGACUUUGUCGCCAACAAACCCACCGCAAACAAUUCCAGCCGACAAAGUCGAAAUCUGGCUGAAAAACUCAGACGAGAGAAGUUAAAUAAUUGUAUCACAGAACUUUCAAAACUUGUUCCACUGAUAUCAAAUUCUUCUAAAAAAAUUGAAAAAACUAGUGUUCUAAGACUCAGUGCUGCGUAUCUUCGGCUGAAUCAAUUCUUAGUAGGAAUAAAAGAACAACGUAAAGAAUUACCAGAUUACAUAAAGGAGGUUAAUGUGGCUGAUCUUCUGUUAGAUGAUAAUGAUAUAUAUCUUAUGGUCACGUCGAGUGGAAAAAUAGUGUUCGUUUCUCACUCCGUGGAAAAUAUAUUAGGCUAUUCUCAGAUCGAUCUCAUGGGCCAAUCACUCUUUAAUAUUGCCAAUCCCAAAGAUCACGAUGAGCUUAAAAAAAACCUGAAGUAUCAAUACGAAACCUCAAACGACACCAGUAUCAUUUCAAGUAAUGAUCCUUUGUUAAAUGUUAAACAAAAUAGUAAUGGAAAUUAUAAAAUACAACGUCGAUCAUUUUAUUUACGGUUGAUUAAGAAAGUAGUUUCUCGUGAUGAACAACCAGAGUUGGAGUUGGUACAUGUAAUGGGAACAUUAAUGAUUCAAAAUUCUGGAACAAAAAAUAAUGAGAUUAGUGAAAACGAUGUGGUGUUGAAUGCUGUUGUCAGACCAUUCAAUGAACGGCGUGUGACUGAAGUAUCAAUGUUAGAAGCAACCCGUGAAGAAUAUAUAACCAGACAUCAAAUUGAUGGUCGUAUAAUAUAUGUUGAUCAUAGAAUUUCUAUUGUAUCUGGAUUCAUGCCUCAAGAAGUAUCUGGACAACUGGCAUUCAAAUAUAUGCAUAGAGAUGAUGUGCGUUGGGUGAUGAUUGCUUUAAGACAAAUGUAUUUUAAGGGUCAAAGUUUUGGAAGUAGUUGCUAUAGAUUGUUGUCAAAAAAUGGAGAAUUUGUGUAUAUGAGGACACAUGGUUUCUUACAAUUGAAUCCAAAUGAAGAUACAAUUGAAUCGUUCAUAUGUGUUAAUACUUUAGUGCCCCCAGAACAAGGGAAAAGAGAAAUAAUCGAAAUGAAAAAACGGUUUACACCAUUAAUAGUUGCUGCAUCUGAACCUGGAAUAGCUGCAAUAACUAAUAAUCAGUUUAUGGAAAAAGAAUCUACUGUGACAUUGGAAGAUGUUACUGAAGAUCUGAAAACACUUGAUAAAGUAGUCGAACAAAUGAUUCAAAAUAUUCCUGAACCAGCGAUGGACAAUUUUAAAGUUACUGCAAAGAAUCCUGGACCUUUGCCAGAUAACCAGGAGUAUAUGAGGGUUGCACUUUUGUCCAAGUCAAUACCACCAGUUUCAGUAGCAUCUAAUGCACCAAAAAUUUAUAAACGAUCGUCUCUAUCCCCUCAGCCUAAUUUUAAACCAGUAACUCAGGAUCGACCAUCUGUACUUCGAGUGGCACCACCAAUUUCUCGACAACCUGUAUUAGUUUACAAUCAUCAAACUUAUGAUAAAACUACAGAGAAAGACCGAGCUUACUUAGAGCGUAGAGGUGGCAUAUUUGUCUUACCCAAAAGACAAAACGAUUCUCAAGUCAUAUUAGAUAACUUGCCAAAAAAAGCAAAAAUAGUUUUAGAGACACAAGUUGAAUCACCUGCCUGUAACAAUUACAGCAAUCAAGCAGAUUCACUGUCUGAUAAUCAGCUAAACACAAAUAGUUGUAUUGACAAUUUUUCUAAUUUCCAAGGUACUUCAAUCCAACUAAUUUCACACAACAUAGAUGAACACGAUAUUGAUCCUUUAGCUGAUGUGACAGAUAUUGAUGAUUUUCCAAAAACGAUAAGCGAUAAUGACUUGUUCAUGGGACCAGAUAGUUAUGAUUCAUAUGUUAAUGAUGUUUAUGAUGAAGUAAAUUCAAUAGAUAUCAAUGAAGAUCCUUUAAUUCAAAGUCUACAAUACAACAGAAGUUUAGAAAGUGCAUUACUCGAGAAAAAACAGAACACACUUAAGACGAAAAUGGAUCAACAACAAGGUCAUCUGAAAGAAAUUCAGACUGAAAUAAAUUCGCUUUCUUCAAAUGCUAACACUCAUUUCCUAGCUACAGAUUUUUCUCACUUAAAGGCUGAACAUGAGCACCAACAACAAGUGUUGCGUGAGCUACAAGGAGUCCACCAAAAUAUUGGAGUUUGACUAUUAAUACCAUAUUAUCUGAUCUAAUAUUUCACUUGUUGGCAUGAUAUAUUUCCAUCCUUAUGAUAUUGGUUUCUUGAGAAAUGCUGAUUAAGUAUAGAAUGUCAUAACCAAAUUAAAAAUGUAAAUUGUAAACUACUUGUUAAUUUGUAUUUAUAUAUAUAUUUUCUUUUAACUUAAAUUUA